AAAUAAGCCCCUCUCUCCCUCUUACAUCUGCCUCACCCCCUCAACGAUCUUACAGUACAAAGCGAUACCGCAUUUGCAGUCCGCCGUCCCCCCUCACCCCGGUUCUCUUGAGCUCUCUUCCGCCUUCUAUUUUUGGAAAGGAGACACGUCCGUCCACGUUCAUUGUUUCGCUGCAGUAAUUCUAGGCUGCGGUAGUACAGUCCAAGUUUGGUGAAUAUGUUGGAGAAGAUGGGAACAAUCAACCUCGACAGCGUAAUAGAAGAAUUCGAGGCGAUGACUAUAGAUGCCGGGAGAGUCCAGAAAGAGACCUUGAAGAGGAUCCUACGCGAAAACAGCAAUUCUGAGUAUUUGCAGAGUCUGGGUCUUGCUGGCAGAACAGACCUCGAGAGCUUCAGGGCUUGUGUUCCCAUUGUUACUCACAAAGACUUGGAGCGUUAUAUACAGAGAAUUGCUGAUGGGGACUCUGCCCCUAUACUCACAGGAACACCCAUUAACACUAUUUCAUUGAGUUCUGGUACUACGCAAGGAAAGCCUAAAUACGUCCCUUUCAAUGAUGAGUUAUUCGAUACUACCAUGCAGAUUUAUCAGACCUCUUUUGCCUUUAGAAACAGGGAGUACCCAAUCGAAGGUGGGAAGGCGUUGCAGUUCAUAUAUAGCAGCAAGCAAUUUAAAACAAAAGGUGGUCUUGCCGCAGGCACUGCUACCACCAACCUGUUCCGUAGCUCGCAAUACAAAAGUACAAUGAAGGCAAUGCAAUCACAGUGUUGCAGCCCUGACGAAGUGAUAUUUGGUCCUGAUUUCCACCAUUCCCUGUACUGCCAUCUCUUGUGUGGGCUUCUUUAUCGUGAUGAGGUACAAUUUGUGUCGUCCACUUUUGCUCACAGCAUCGUCCAUGCAUUUCGAACAUUUGAACAAGUCUGGGAGGAACUAUGCAACGAUAUACGUUAUGGGGUGCUCACCAGCAGAAUUGCCGCUCCAUGCAUCCGGGCAGCUAUGUCGAAACUGCUCAAGCCGGACCCUGCCUUGGCUGAUCUGAUACACAAGAAGUGCUCAGGAUUGAUUAACUGGUAUGGAUUAAUACCGGAGCUUUUCCCAAAUGCUAAGUACAUUUAUGGGAUUAUGACAGGAUCAAUGGAGCCUUACUUGAAAAAGUUGAGGCACUAUGGAGGGGAACUACCUCUGUUAAGUGCUGACUAUGGUGCAUCUGAAGGGUGGGUUGGAGCAAAUGUUAAUCCAAAGUUGUCGCCUAAAUCGGCUAAUUUCGCUGUACUCCCUAAUAUUGGAUAUUUCGAAUUUAUCCCCUUGAAAGAGUGCACUGAUAUGCUCGAGGCAAAGCCGGUGGGUCUAACUGAAGUGAAGGUUGGUCAAGAGUACGAGAUACUCGUUACCAAUUCUGCAGGAUUUUACAGAUAUAGGCUCGGAGAUGUGGUGAAGGUGGUGAGCUUUCAUAACAAGACCCCAGAACUCCAAUUUAUAUGCAGGAGAAAUCUCUUGCUCAACAUCAACAUCGACAAGAACACAGAGAAGGACUUGCAGCUUGCGGUUGAAGCAGCUGCCAACCUGCUGGCAGAAGAUAAACGCGAAGUCGUGGAUUUCACCAGCCACGUGGAUCGAUCAAAGGAACCUGGCCACUAUGUGAUAUUCUGGGAAAUUAAUGGAGAAGCAAGUGACGACACUUUACAGGAAUGUUGCAAUUGCUUAGACCGGUCAUUUGUAGAUGCAGGCUAUGUGAGUUCGCGCAAAGUCAAUUCCAUAGCGCCACUUGAGCUGAGAGUCCUAAGGGGAGGAACCUUCCAAAAGAUCCUGGACCAUUACUUAGGACUAGGAGCUGCUGUCAGCCAAUUCAAAACCCCAAGAUAUGUAGGGCCUCCGAACGAUGCUGUCUUGCGGAUCCUGUGUGGCAAUGUCAUCAAGAGCUACUUUAGUUCUGCUUUUUAAUUAAAAUCCUUGAGAUUUGAUUUCAUUAGUUGCUUCUGGAGUAAUCCGAAUCUGUAAAUGGCAUAAAAUGUGAUUUGAUCGUCCUUUCCAAAUGCAAGUUCUGAUCACAUUGAAUGCAUAGUAAUUUUUCAAAGUGCAGUACAUUUCAUUAAAUAUGAUGGUUUUUGCUUUGGUUCA